UUUUUUUUUUUUCUUUUCUUUACCGAUGACAUGUGAACUUUUGAAUGGGAAUGGAAGUGUGGAGUUGAAUGGGCGGAAAUGGCAUUUGUGCAAAGAAGGAAGUAGGGAAGUAUGCAAGGAAGGAAGGAAGGAGGGAAGGGAGCUAACGAUGACGAGAAGAAGCGGAGAUGGAGGGAAUGACGGAAUGAA